AUGCCUCCGGCAAGACGGAAGGUUGAGGUCGAGCUUGGUGCGGCAGAUGGAAAGCAGGCCUUACCAAGACGGUCGACACCGCCCACCAUCAGAGUCAAAGGAGUCAGACAGCGACUCGGUGGGGCGGCAGACGAGGGGAAGGCACUCCCCGGAAGGGUCUCGGUGCUGGGUCUGUUGGCAGCCACAGCCCACUACGCCUACUGCACCUUCCCUCUAAAGUCCAAGACCACGACUCCCCCUGCUUUGCGCCCCUCGCAGCUUGCUGCAGGACCGAGACCACCCAUCCCCAGAGGCAAGAACGCAAGUCCUCAUCCGCUUGACCCGCCGCUGCCACACAUGACAUGCCCAAACGCAAACCAAUGGCAACAGGCCUAA